UCCCUCCUCACACCACACACGAAGAACGAAGCGCGCACAGACAACAGGCAGGACUCAAAGGCAAGAAGAGAGCCCGUGAUCUUCCGCCCAGGCACUCAGAACCAGCUCACCGCGAUGGGGGACCAAGAGGCCAAGAGUGCCGAGCUCACGCGCAGUUUCCUGUCCUUUCGGAUGCUCAAGGAGGUGCUUCAAUCCACAAACAUUAAGGACGAUGAAGAGGCCGUAAUGGUCACGCGUAUGUGUGUGGACCCACGCCACGUGGAGGAGUUCGAGCGCCUGCUACGUAUGAUUCUCAAGACCACACAUACCGUGGGUCACGUGUCCACGUGCGUGGUGCGUCCGCCACCGGGAGAAUUCACUUAUACAUCGAUCGUCAAGUACUCGGGAUUGCAGGCAAUGCGCCAGAUCUAUCCAUCUACAGUCGAGAGCGGCGUGGACUUCUACAAACUAUUAGCAGCACGUGAUUCGCUGCUAUUGGAGCCGCCUACGUACCAGAUUGAAGCAGGUUUCGGCACGUGGAUCGAGUCGGACGGCAAUACCAAACCCAUGAGAGGCGAUGACCCUGAAGAAGAUGAUAAUCUCGUGUACCAGAGUGUCCCUGGUCCAUGCUGCAAUGAUUCAUGUGAGAAUCCACACGGACUGAAUGUCCGUGCGUCAUUCGUGGCGCCUACUAAGGAUUUCCAGCUCUUUCGACCACGCUACCAACGCAACAACAAGAAAGGAGGACAAAAGAACUUGCGCUGCUUCCCAUGCUGUCGUAACGGUCGCCACGUGAGCUCAGGAUUCUGUGGAGAUUCGAUCCGAGUGCACGUGGCUGUCAGUCGCGUGACGGAGUCAGGCGGAGUCAAGAUUUGCCCCAUUCAGACGACGCGUCCAGCUGUGUUGGCCUUCGCGCGGUUCGUGAACCUCGAGGGCACUUUUGAUCACACAGUUUCGGGACCUGAGGUCUUCCCUGGACAGACUAUUGAGAAGACGGAUGUGCUCGCUUGGGUGCGUGACAAGCAGCAUCCGAUGAAUCCGCUGUUUCCUGGAAUAUUACGUGGUGCUGCUAUGGAGACCUCGUCCCAGUCAGCAAUUUUUGAGUUUAACGCCGAAUGCAAGGCCUGGCAUUACGGCUGGACUGCACCUCGUGGUCAGGGACUUUCUGGUAGCGAUGCGCAACACGUAUUGGAGGUGCUCUUCAUGAAACCCAUGGGAUCUUACAUGUACUGUUUGGAGCGUCUACGAUCAGAUGGCUUCUCUAUCUACUCCAGUCGGAGAGCUAGUCACGCUGCUAUCAAGCCUGAGACCGAAGCGUUCGAGAACCAGGAGACCGCAGACGACAGAAAUCUCAAGCGGAAGCGCGUGGUCCGGACUGAGGCGGCGUCUCCUUCAGCACACGCAGUGAUGUCCCAGCCCCCAGCAUCCCCAGCAUCGACAGUUGUUUCAAGCUGCUCAACUGAUUCCCCGAUCUUUUCCCCCUCCAAGGAAGACAUGACGAAUGGACGCGUGUCAUCCGGGAUGCGCAUGACGGCACCUCCGACGUCCACGGGUUUUGUGGACAUCACGUCGUCAAUGACAGAUGUACCGCCGUUCAAGAUGGAGAAUAUUUUCGGCUCGGUGUCUUCGCCUAUGGCCGUUUGUCCUCCAGUGUCUUCUGUCCUUGUGGACAGCGCAUCGUCGGGCUUUGACUACCGUGGCCUUGACAACUUGAUGAGUGGUGGUAGCAUGUUACAGAACCAAAGCCUACAACAGCCGCAACAACAACUUACCCACCAACAGCAGCAACUGCUGAUUGACCAGCAGAAUCAACAGCUCCAGCGACACCAACGCGAGCAGCAAGAAUUACUGCGGCACCAACAGCAACUAAUCCAGCGACUUGCGGAGCAAAUGAUGAUCAGUCAGCAGCAGCAGCAGCAGCGCCAGCAGCAGCAACAGUUACAUGUGAAUCACUUGCAAGCGCCCGGAGGACUCCAGAGUCACUCGUUGUUCCAGGAAGAGCAGCCCGCUCGACGAGUAGUUUCGACGGAGGAGCUACCGUGGUCCGAGCUGUACAAUCUGUUUGACCCCACGCCUCUAUCGCCGUCUAGUACUGACGAUGACCCCGAUCACGACGAGGAGAGUCUGCCGAGUCCUGGAAGCAGCCCGGGACCUUCUGUUGCCAGCUCGGGGAUGACUUCUCCUUCCGUGGCGCUGACACAGCAGACCGUGUUGAAUUACUUAUAGCCUAGUUCAGGAGAUACCCUCAAGUUUUUUUUUUUUGCCUGGGGAGGAAGUGAAAGCACGAGGAAAGAAGACAAGGAGUCUCCAAGGUGACAGGGAGAAGAAGCAAAAGUGCAAGAGGGCAAUUGCAAAUCUGCAGUAUCUGACGCGCUCAUAUUUUUGACGUAUACUUCACGAAGUAUUCCUGUUGCUGUUUAGUGUAUGCGCGCUUUGUGCCUGUUGUGACGUGAUGUGGAAUAUGCACAAGGCGUGUACUCAAAAGAAUAAGGCAGCAAUAACCAACAAAGAUCGGUGGUAUUUUCGAA